GAGGCAAACGCGUCCAUUGAUUCAUUAGUUUCGACGAGAAGAAGAAGAAGCAGAUCACACAGAGUCACUGCUCGCCAGUCGAUUGAGCUCCCAAACUGCCAUUGUUACACCGCAGAGAAAAAGCAAAGCAGCAACGAAGAACAGACGCCCCACCACAGAAAUCAAAGCACAGUUUCGCAUCACAUCACGAGCCGUUAUCCAAGAGAGAGGCUUUUCUGCUUCUCUGACUUCCCAACCCAAAAGGGUAAUGAGUCCAUGAUCUCUUUUUGAUUCAGACCCGCGAGCCUGUUCUGCUCUGCUGCGGAUCUCAAUACACCAGCUUAGGAUCUGAAGCAGAUGCUCCGAGAAUCGACCUCUCGCCGCCAUUGCUGAAAUUUCUCCUGCUAGUUGGGUCUCGGGGCGUCGGAGUUAGGCGGAAUUAUGAGGCGGAUCCGGCGGCCGGUCAGGAGGCGGUGGCCGAACGUGGUGUGGUGGGCGCUCUGCGUUGUUGCUGUGCUUCUCUUCCUCGUGAUUCUGACUAACAAUAGUCAAAUCGAAUCGAGACCCUCCAUGGUCAAGAGGUAUAGACAUGAAAGGAUAAUGGAAGGCCUCAACAUAACCGAUGAGAUGCUGAGCGUGAACUCCGUCACCAGGCAACUUAGCGAUCAAAUCUCUCUUGCGAAAGCCUUUGUUGUCAUUGCCAAGGAGAGCAACAACCUCCAGUUUGCAUGGGAAUUGAGUGCACAAAUCCGCAACUCUCAGGCCCUUCUGUCAAAUGCUGCCACGAGACGAGCUCCACUAACAGUUAAAGAAUCAGAAACUGCCAUCCGAGAUUUGGCAGUGCUGCUCUUCCAAGCACAACAACUCCACUAUGAUAGCGCUACCAUGAUCAUGAGGCUCAAAGCCAAGAUCCAGUCCCUGGACGAGCAGAUGAGCUCAGUGACUGACAAGAGCUCGAAGUAUGGUCAGAUCGCAGCAGAGGAAGUCCCGAAGAGCUUGUACUGCCUUGGGGUUAGACUAACCGCCGAGUGGUUCAAAAACUCGAACUUACAGAGGAAGCUCGAUGAGAGGAAUCAGAUGCAUCUGAAGCUCAUUGAUAACAAUCGGUAUCACUUCUGCGUAUUCUCAGACAACAUUCUAGCGACUUCAGUCGUGGUCAACUCGACGGCUUUAAGCUCGAAUAAUCCUGACAUGGUGGUCUUUCAUCUGGUGACUGAUGAGAUAAACUUCUCAGCAAUGAAGGCCUGGUUCUCCAUGAAUAGAUUCCGAGGAGUCACUGUGGAGGUUCAGAAGUUUGAGGAUUUUACCUGGUUGAAUGCCUCUUAUGUUCCUGUCCUGAAGCAGCUCCAGGACUCGGAGACUCAGAGCUAUUACUUCUCUGGCACAAGCGAUGGAAGCAAGACUCCAAUCAAGUUCCGGAACCCAAAGUAUCUGUCGAUGCUGAACCACCUUAGGUUCUACAUCCCUGAAGUUUUCCCACACCUUAAGAAGGUCGUGUUCCUAGAUGAUGAUGUUGUAGUUCAGAAGGAUCUUUCAGGUCUUUUCUCAAUUGAUCUGAAUGGUAAUGUGAAUGGAGCUGUAGAGACCUGCAUGGAGACAUUCCACCGGUACCAUAAGUACCUGAACUAUUCCCACCCCCUCAUAAGAGAGCACUUUGAUCCUGAUGCCUGUGGUUGGGCCUUUGGGAUGAAUGUGUUUGAUCUUGUCGAAUGGAGAAAGAGGAACGUGACUGGAAUCUACCACUACUGGCAGGAGAGGAACGUGGACAGGACACUCUGGAAGCUUGGGACACUGCCUCCUGGUUUAUUAACGUUCUAUGGGCUAACGCAGCCCUUGGACCCGUCAUGGCAUGUUCUGGGCCUGGGCUACACAAACGUGGACCCUCAGCUGAUUGAGAAGGGAGCAGUACUGCACUACAAUGGGAAUUCAAAGCCGUGGCUGAAGAUCGGGAUGGAGAAAUACAAACCCCUAUGGGAGAAGUACGUCGACUACAGCCACCCUCUAUUGCAACAGUGCAAUUUCCACUGAUUCUGUUGCAUUGAAGUUUCAGUCUCCCACGCACGCUCAUGGCAUCGUGUGAGUUGUAUCAUGGUAUUGAUUUAUUGUUCUGCUGCCAGUAUAGCUCAAUUAUUUUGUUAGUGCGUGACGGCCCUGAUUUUUGUAAAACUUGGGUAGGCAGGUUGAGCUGUAAUAUACAUAACUACACUGUUUAGCUGCAUUAAACUUUUGUGGAAGAUCAGGAUGUUUAAGAUUACGUACGUCACGGGAAAGAUUCAGAUUGUUUUCGGCCUCAGUGACAUUAGCUGCGGGGGAAUUCAGUGAGGUGCUGUAACUCAACCUAGCUAACAGAUUUCCUGUUGUGGGUGUAAACAUCACUUAUAAAAGUUUCAUUCUUCGGGACUUGGUUGGAGCAUCGGCUUUUAAAUUCAUGCUUUUGGUCUAAA